AUGUGUCGGUUCCUGGUAUACAAAGGAAGCGACGAGAUCCUGCUCUCCAAGCUUGUCCUCGACCCCGCCCAUUCGAUUCUCAAGCAGUCUUUCGAUUCACGAUUGCGACUGGACACCCGUCGCGGCCAAAACAAUGCGGAUGGCUUCGGUAUAGGAUUCUACACAGACCCCAAGCUCGGUUCCGCACCUUGCUUGUUUACGUCCACGACCCCCGCCUGGAACUGCCAAAACCUACAGCGUCUAGCCUCCAAGACCGCCUCGCAUCUCGUGUUCGCCCAUGUCCGAGCCACUACCGAAGGCACCCUGAGCGAGGACAACUGCCACCCUUUCUGCCAUGGAAGUCUUAUGUGGAUGCACAACGGCGGACUGGGAGGAUGGAAGUACAUCAAGAGAAGACUUGGCGAGCGCCUCGCCGAUAAGUGGUACCUGGGUGUGGCGGGCGGAACCGACAGCGAGUGGGCCUUCGCUCUUUUCCUCGAUACACUGGAACGCAUGGGCUUCGACCCAAGCUCGCAACCCGAGGGUGGUUUUGGGCCGACCGUUUUGCGAAAGGCUAUGCUCAGGACGAUUGACAUCAUCAACGAGCUGAUCGACAAUAUCCCAGAGAGUCUAGUACACUCGGAGAACAUCGACACCCGUAGUCUUUUGAACUUCGCCCUCACAGACGGACACUCGAUCAUUUGCACCCGAUACGUCGGUAGUUCCACGGACGAGGCUGCCAGUCUGUAUUACUCCUCCGGGACAUUGUGGGAGACAAGGGAGGCGGAUCCCGAGAACCGGGACUACCAGAUGGAACGAAGCGACAAGGGGGCUGACGUCGUGUUGGUUGCGAGUGAGCCCUUGUCCUUUGAGAGAGAAAACUGGGUAAACGUACCUACCAACUCGAUCUUGACUAUCCACAACCAAACUGUUCUGGUACAUCCUAUCAAGGACCAGUACUACGAGCAGGAUCCCCAGCAACGCCGCUCUACGGCUUUCGUCAGUUCGAAGGGCUUGGCCGCAAACGAGAAGACGUCAUCACGCGGCGCUGCCACAGCUCUCAUGCCAGCCAUCGAGAUCGAGAGUCCCCAACAACAUGCCCAGAAGAAGUUUUUGGGUCCCACAAUACCAUCAUUCACCCCCAACCGGGUCCGAACAACCACAGAUCCCGCCGUACCUCGAAGCCGGACCCCGCUAGCAAACGUUGAAUCAGCGAACAACCCGUCUAACAUCCCCAAUGUCCGCAACAUCACGGAGCCCCCGCAACUACUACGGGCAGGAUCCCAGCAACCACCCGCCCAGGGAAACAUCAAGAAGAAGCGUGCCUCGUUGACCACCGCUUUGGGAGAGGCCUACUCGGCAGCCAGCAUGGGUUACAGCCUCACCACCACCUUGACGAACAAUAGCACGACCAGUAGCAUGAUUAGCAUGGAGACGGCAACGAGUCCCGUCACUCCGGAACCGGGCAGGUCCGAAUUUGGAAAUCCGAAUAAGAUCGCUCAAUUCUUUCCGGAGCUAAUGUGA